UGAGUUAAAUUCCAGUCAUGUAUCAUAUCCCAAUACAUUUGUACAGCUGGCGCAAGAGAAGACGGGAAGCUGUGACCCCAAAACAGAGAAAUAUCAUGAUAUAACCGUUUUCCCUCGUAGUAAUCCUGCUAUAAAAUCGGAUCUACCAUAGAUCAGGAAGACAAGGCCUGGAACCUGAUGACCACAUUCCAUUUGAUCAUUCCAUCACUCAUCACCAUCCUUCAUCCGGUGGAUGUCCAGCUUACGGCAAAAGAUAUCGCACUCUCAACCGGGCGAUAUAACCCAGACGACGACUGACCAGAGAAGUUAAUCAGAAGAGCUCAUCCUCUCUUCCCAAUCGUGUGAAUUCACUCUCAUCCACUAUUACCCUCUCUCUGUCCCUCUCUUCAAGCUGCCGAUGCUCAAAUACCAAUUCGUCGUCGGCAAACAUCGCUUGGGAUGCUUGAGAGAGAGGAAGAGGGCGAUAUUGGAUUAUAUUCACCGGCUAUAAUUACACCCAGUGAAUAGCAGAUGGGAUCAGCUGACUGGGUGGCUUGUGAGGACACUGUUUAAACCUGUCAUGGACUUUUGCUUUGGGAAUCAAUGUAGAAGUGAAUAGUGUGUGCGAUCUGUGGACGUCUUUAAAGCCAAAGGUGAAGCUUAACUCGGAAAGUACUUGAGAGUUUUUACGUAUCAAAAAGGGGAUGACUUCGUAUGAUAUUUCUUACUAUUGAAUUUUGAAGAAGAGGUGAUGAAUGCAUAUUCAUGAGAUGGAUCUGAAUAUCAUUGAUCGAUUAGUAUUAUUUGCUUCAUGAAUAUUAAUUCAUUGCCAAGGAAACGAAACCAGUCCAGUCGACAGUUGGAACUGCUGCAUGGAAGUGACCUCGAUUCACUCAUUUAUUGAGAUUUAUUUCCCCCCAUUAUGCCUCUAUCUUUUUGGGACGAUAUGAGAUUCAGUCUACUGUUCCUAAUGAAUUGCCAGACGUCCAUUAGUGGUGCGUAGUAAAUGCCAUUCAACGGUUGGUUUUGGAAAUUAAUAUUAUUUUGGAAUAAAGGCACAUCUUCUCGUGGUAAUUGUAGUCUUGAUCUGCAACAGCAUACAGGACUGUAAGUAGUUUUGAUGAUUUGUGUCUUUAUUUUGGAAGCCUUUGAAUUGAAAUUGUGGAGACAUCAAGAUUCUAGGGUCACAAUCGCAAUGGAACGAUUCAAAUCUCAUUCUUGCUGAUUUGUACAUGUCAUAUUUCAAAGGGUGAAUGAACUUUCAAAGUUUGCUAUCCGGGGACUGCGAAACCAACCAGUCAAGAUGACGGACUCGUCACCUGCCGCGCGCAACCCCAUCAUCCUCUGUAGGACUUGCGGACAACGCCACCAACUCCACGACAACCACGUCUACGACUACUGCGAUGUCGUAGACGAGGAACUUACAUGUAAUAUAUGCCUUCAACCACUAGUGAACCCUAUGGAUACUAUGUGUGGACAUACGUUUUGUAUGCGCUGUCUUAGGAGUGUUCUGAACUUGCAUAAAUUCUGUCCGAUCGACCGGAGGCCGUUGACGCAGCAGGAUUGCAGAUCAUCAAGUCUUAUCGUCAGAAGGAUGUUAGACAGACUAAUAGUGUUAUGUCCGAACACAGACUUCUGUACAGCCAAGCUACCAAGGAGUGAACUAGAACCUCACCUAGCUAAUAGAUGCCCUGGACGAAUAGUUGGUCCUGGUGCACCAAUCCGUCAUGGUCAGCUAACUUCAAUAGAAAUCAAUAGAAAACCCAAUAGAGAUCUAGGAAUAUACUUUGUUGGUGGCAAUGAAACUCCACUUAUUGGUAUUGUCAUUCAAGAGGUUAUACCUGGUGAAGUAGUAGCAGAAGAUGCAAGGAUAUUACCCGGUGAUCAAAUAGUACAAGUUAAUAGUAGAGACUUACGUGAUGUACCUCAUAGCAUUGCAAGAGAGGCAUUAUGUGCUGCCGAGUCGCCUCUAAGAUUGACUGUGUACCGUGAGAAGCAGGAAUCGAAGGCAGCACCAUUCACCACCAAGGUUCUUCAAGUCUCCCUUACCAAGGUGACAGGAGUGCCUCUUGGUAUAAAAAUAGCUGCUAAACAGAGUGAGCAAGGAAUAUAUAUCAUGGAAGUGUUGGAGAGCAGUCUAGCUCGGAGAGAUGGAAGGUUAAAAGCAGAUGAUCGAGUUCUACAGAUCAAUGGAUUCAAUGUAGAAGAUGAGAUGCCUGAAAGAGUAGCUAGAAUAAUAAGGGACUGCGGCGAUCGCGUUGAGAUGGUGGUCUCACGACAGGUUCAGGUCACAACCCCGGAGGUCAUACAAGGACCCCCAGCAGAGCUUCCGACGGAACCAUUCACAUUGCUAAGGCACGCCCUCGCUCCAAAGGUCCGGGCUGAGAAGACCGUCAACAUUAAAAAGGGUUACAAAGAAUGCAUGGGCAUCAGCGUGAGUGGGGGAAAGGGUCAGCGGAAAGGUGAUGUUCCCAUCUUCAUAACAGGCAUACAGGCGGAUGGGUGUGUAGCAAGACAUGGUCAACUAAAGAAAGGAGACAUCCUUCUCAGUGUGAACGGUACCAGCCUUUUAGACCUCCCUCACACUGAAGCAGUGAAGGUGCUCAAGGAGUCUGCCAACGCGAGGUCGUUGACCCUAAGGGUCAUCGAGGGUGACACCGACCCUGAUAAUGAAACACAUGGAUACAUUCCCUCCUGGUUGACAUGGCUAUCACUACCCCAAUGCUGUCGUCAAUCCCACCAGAUUACCCUAGAGAAAGGAACCAAUGCUAGCCUUGGUUUUAGCAUCGUAGGGGGUAAUGAUUCUACCCAUGGUCCUCAGCCUAUCUAUGUGAAGACUGUCGUUAGUAACGGUGUUGCAGCAAAGAGUGGCUUAUUAAAAUGUGGUGACAUCAUUGAAUCCGUCAACUCAGUUUCCUUGCUUGAUAUCUCGCAUAAAGAAGCCGUGACAUUACUCAAGAACAUUCAACAGAGGGCGCAACUCACUAUCGUUUCCUGGCCGGGUACCAUCAUAUAACAAACAAUCUUGUCUCCAGCCAGCUACUAUCAUUCAACAAACAAUCGCUCGCCAGUCCUUAUAGAAUAGAUUGAAAAUCAUUCUUCUUGGGUCACCGCACGAAUCCUGUCCAGUAGAGUCAACAGGAUCUGGCUUUGGGGUCAAAAGACUACAGGGCCCAUCUUACAAAGAGUUACGAUUGAUCCAAUCAAUCGUAACUCUAUGGAAAUCCAUCAGUGUCGUAAUUUUU